AUGGCAGCUUUCAACCUCUCCCGCUUUGACCCUUCAACAUUCUUCCUAACAGGCAUCCCUGGCCUGGAAGCUGCCCAUAUCUGGAUUUCAAUCCCUUUAUCUAUGUUCUACAUUAUCAGCCUAUUGGGAAAUUUCACAGUUCUGUUCGUUGUAAGCAAAGAGCAGGCCCUCCACAAGCCGAUGUAUCUGCUGAUCUGCAUGCUGGCGCUCACAGACAUUGGCACGUCUACCUCCGUUGUGCCAAAAGCACUGUGUAUAUUUUGGUUCAAUUUGAACAGCAUUACUGUGGGUGGCUGCCUCACCCAGAUGUUCUUCCUUUAUGCGAUUUCUGCUAUGCAGUCAGCCAUCCUCGUGACAAUGGCCUUUGAUCGCUAUGUUGCCAUAUGUAACCCUCUGAGAUACACCACCAUCCUCACCAACCAUCAAAUAGCUCAACUAGGUCUAGUGGGUUUGAUAAGAGCUUUUCUCAUUGUUCUGCCUAUGCCUCUGCUCCUGAGCAGGCAUCCAUUCUGUGCCAACCGCAUUAUCCCCAACACGUACUGCAAUCACAUGGCUGUCACAAAAAUGUCAUGUGGGGACACCACAGUCAGCAGGAUGUAUGCCUUGGUGAUAAUGCUUGUAUUCACUGGGUUAGACCUGCCCCUCAUUGCCCUGUCCUAUGUUCUGAUCAUCAGGGCCCUCUUCAGAAUAUCCUCAAAGAAAACCCACCAGAAAGCCCUCAACACCUGCACAGCCCACAUUUUUGUGAUGUUGAUGUUUUAUCCUCCCUUCAUCUUCUCCACUUUGACAUACCGGUUUGGUCAGGGCAUUGCUCCCCACAUUCACAUCAUGUUGGCCAACCUCUAUUCCGCUGUCACCCCUGUGCUCAAUCCUAUCAUUUAUGGGGUCAAAACCAAAGAGCUUUGUGACAAAGUGUGCAAAUACAGCUGCAGAAGGCAAUCGCCUGGGGCCACUGACUUUAAACAUGCAUGA